AUGCAUCUACAAGCAGGCGAGGUGCACAUCCAGUAUUUCAUGCCCCGGCAGCCGCAGGACGCAACCGACCGUCCGGACUCCGCCGCGUGCGCCUCCUCCACCACUUCGCCGGCCGCCACCAUGUGGGAGUAUCACCAGGCUCAUGCGGCCUUGCAGCCUCCCCCCUCCUGGAACCCCUACGCUGGAACUACGGCGGCGCUUCUCGACGGCCCGGCCUUCACUGCCGACUCGGCGCCGGCGGUGGCAGACAUGCACCUGCCGGUUGGCGAGCACGUCCACGGCCAUGCCUGGAGCCACGGCGAACUAAGCAACGACAACACCAGCUACAGGGAGAACUUCCUGGACCUGCUCGCGUCGAAGAACGUGACGCCGGAGAUGUUCGAGGACGUCCCCGCCGGCCGUUAUGCUACAGCACCAGCCUCCCUCACGGCGCGGUUCGAGGCAGGCUCCGACAUCUCUCCGAUGAAGUACGAGGUCGCCGCUGGCUCGCCGCUGUUCUUGGGGAGCGGUUCUAAUGCUGCGCUCGAAGCCCAGGGGAUGAACUUGCUGAGCUGCAUGCCAUCCUACGUCGACGGCCACCAUCAAAGGAAGGAAAGCAGCAACCACCACCAGCAAGACCACGGGAACCCCAUGGCUUCCUUUCUUCAGCAAAUAAGUACCCGCACUAGUGCUGGGGUGCACGCUAGCCUGGACUAUUCAGGCUUGGGUGGAAUGGACAAGAUUUGCCAAGAAGGCCGAGGAAUGGAGGCUGCGAGUCCUUUUAACAUCAGGAGUCUCCCGGAUUUCAGCUCCUUCGGUGGCUACAGAUCAACCAAGGAACCGACAUCGGUGCCGCCUCCGCCAUACAUGAGAUGCACCGAUAGGUCGUCUGAUAGCAGCAGAAAAGAGCAGGAGAUCGUGCCGGCAAGGAGUAGCAGCAGCGGCAGUGGAGCGGCAGCGAGUGAUCGCAAGAAGCGAUCAUCCGAGGAAAGGCGCGAAAGCACAGGCAAGAAAUCCAAGCAGGAAGCAGCAUCACCUCCUAAGCAACAGCUUCCUAAAGUGAAGCUGGGGGAGAAGAUCACAGCACUGCAGCAAAUCGUUUCGCCGUUCGGGAAGACGGAUACAGCAUCGGUGCUGUUUGAAACCAUCAAGUACAUCAAGUUUCUGCACGAGCAAGUACAGCUGCUAAGUGAGCCGUACACCAACGCGAGCAGGAACAAGGUUAACUGUAACAACAUUCCAUGGGGCGGAGUUCAUGCGGAGGCGAGCAAGGGAGAAGGAGAGCAUGACCUGAGGGAGAGAGGGCUUUGCUUGGUCCCUGUCUCGUGGACACCAGAAGUGUACCGGGACGGCAACGCGAUGGACUACUGGACGCCGGCGUACAGGGGCUGCCUGUACCGGUGAUGCCUGCCUAACUGAUAGCUGCAAAGUUUCUGAUCCGUAGCUCUGCCGCUUGAUCGACAGGCGAUUGAUCCGACUCAACUUAUGUAGGAUAUACUACGCCAGCUGAUAGCCUGCUUGUGGUACUUUUAUUUCGUGCUCCAAUCCAUAAUAAGUGUAACGGCUUUAGUUCA